CGUGGUGGGGUUUUUGAAAGCAGCUCAGCCUGCUCUUCUUCUUCGUCCUCUCGUCAUAUCUUUGGGAUCUUAAACGUGCCAAAAUGAAGGAAGAGCUAAACUAAAUUUCCAACUGGGCUACGUGCAAUUAGUAAUUUGGACUUAUGAUCUCAUCUCUACAUUUCUUAUCUAUGUCCCUGUGAUUACUCCGCAUAUUCAGGCCACUCACACACACACACACACACACACACACACACACACACACACACACAGCUGACUGAACUCCACCCAUGACGCUUCACGUCACCUUUCGCAGGUGUCAUAUCCAGUGUCUUUGUCAGUGAGUGAAAACACACUAGCUCCCUUUCUCUUUCUCUCUCUCUCUCUCUCUCUCUCACACACACACACACUCACACACACGCAGUCCUGCUGUGUCCAAGCUGCUGUGGAAACUUUCACAACUCUGCUGCUGAAGGGCGGAGGGAGCUCGGUGAGCCUACAGCGGCGCAGCUGCACUCGCACACGGAUCAGCUCCGGAUCGGAUCCCCGGGAUGGCCGCAGUGAAGGCGCUACAGCAGUGGUGCCGGCUCCGGUGUGAGGGCUACCGGGAUGUGUCCAUUACCAACAUGACCACGUCCUUCAGGGACGGCCUGGCUUUCUGCGCCCUCAUCCACAAACACAGACCCGAUCUCAUUGACUUCGAUUCACUGAAGAAGGAAAAUGUCUAUGAGAACAACAAACUGGCGUUCAAGGUUGCAGAGGAGGAACUGGGAAUUCCAGCUCUGCUGGAUGCAGAGGACAUGGUGGCUCUUAAGGUUCCUGACCGCCUCAGUAUCCUGACAUACGUCUCCCAGUACUACAACUACUUUCAUGGACGCUCCCCGAUUGGUGGUAUGGGAGGUAUAAAGCGUCCAUCUGAAGACCCCACAGAGGAACCGUCUGGGAAGAAGAACCAGCCGGUGGCGUCUAAGGUGUUUCCCUCAUCCAAACCUGGCAGAGAGAACAGCCCUCCCCCUUCAUCCAACAUCACAAGGCCUUCUCCUUCCCCAAAACAAACCAGAAACGCCCCACAGGAUGUUCUGGCUGAAAAGUCCAAUCAGGCAGGCACCCUGAGUAACAAAUGUGUGUCCUGCAACAAACAUGUUCACCUGGUACAGCGACAUCUAGUGGACGGGCGGCUUUAUCACAGGAGCUGUGCAAAGUUGUUGCCUACAAACACAAUGGAGCCUCUCAGAGACUUAGCCUCAAGCACCCCUGUUUCCAAAUUCACUCCUCUAAAACCAGACUCGACUAAAACCAACUCAAACACUCCCACUCACACCCCCUCCAGGCCGGGACCAACAUGGCUGACGGAGAAACCCAGCCCCACUCCCAGAUACUCCAGCACUUUUUCUACUUCGUCUCCUUCCCGGCCUGCUUCGAGUCUCUCUCCUGCUGCCAAAGACAGUCAGACAUCUUUGGUGUCCAGACCCUCAGCUUCCCGGACUUCUUGCGGAUCCACCUUCACCACAACCACAUCUAUCACCACCGGGCCCACUGCUGCUCCUCGUACCUCGGUCACAGCAGCAAAGACGUGGCAGUCCAAGCUCAAGUUCCUCCAGUCGGAUAACGACAGUAACGAUGAAGAGAAAAAGACAACAACCACCGGCGCUGACGUAAAUAAAUGGCCAAAUGUGACUGGUAAGGUCCAGCAGGCCACAGCAGGCCAGGCUGUGACUGUGGUUGUGAACGUUGGUGACAGAAAGGAGGCGAGCGUGAACACAGGUGAAGAGAAGGCUGAAGCUGCUGGCGUAAAAGGUGGAGAUUCAGGAAAGGUGUAUGAGAGUAGCAGCAAGACAAGAGCAGCAGCCUUCAUCUCCAGAAAGCUGGCUGAGGAAAACAACAAUAACAACACCAAGCCACUGUGGACGACUGUAGCGCUGAAGAAAACUGACAAUCCUCCUCAAGUCGAGACUCCGAAGAGGGAGCCGCAGGGCGUCAGGGGGCGAGUCAGGCUGAAAGCAGACCCGUCGCUCCUCGCUGACCUGCAGAAUCCGGACACCACAAGCCCUGCUUCGAGCCCGGGCAACAGGACGGGACUCGGAACCAGAACUCCAGACAGAGGUGCCUCAAAGCCCCGCAGUGCGUCACCCAACACCUCAGCAUCAGAAAAUGAGUCUCCUGCGGCCUGGAGGUCAAAGCUCAAACCCAUCUCCAAAGAAGCCAACCCGGCUGGUCCUUCAGUGUCCACUUCCAAACCCUGGACUAAUGGAGCUGCAAAGUCGGAGCUUCAUGUUGGGUUUUCUCCCUCCCCUCAUCUCACCCCCAGCCCAAGCAUUUCUGUCACUCCACCAGCACCAAAGGGGUUACUGAAUGGUCAGGGUGACCUAACUGCAAAUGGUACCAAGUCAGAUUCAAAGAUUUCCAAGACUAAGCCGGACUACAUUUGCAAAGACGACAUCUUAAAGGAACUGCAGGAGAUAGAAGAUAAUUUGAACGCGUUGGAGAAGAGGGGAGUCGAGCUGGAGAUGAGGCUCCGCAGCUGUGAGGAAGAGGGUGAAGAUGACUCUGUCAUGGAUGGGCUCAUGGUUGAGUGGUUCAGCUUGAUCAGGAACAAGCAGGUGGCCAUGCGCCGGGAGUCUGAAUUGGUCUACAUUGGGAAAACCCAGGAUCUGGAGGAACAGCAGCCCAGUGUUGAGCAGGAGCUCAGGAGACUGAUGGAAAAACCAGAACGUCUGAAAACAUCCUGGGACCGGGAGAGAGAAGAGGAGCUGAUGGCCAAACUGGUGGAGAUUGUCAAUGACAGAAACGCUAUUGUAGAGGGUCUGGACGAGGACAGACUCAGGGAGGAAGAGGAGGAUGAGAAGCUGAAUGCUAUGAUGAAGACUUUCAGCAUAAAGAAAGACAAGCCGAAGAAGAAGUCUCCGAUGUCCAAACUGUUCGGCUGGGGGAGCAAGAAGGAGGGAUGAAGCUCCACAAAGCACGCCGCUGCUGCUCGCUUUGAUGUCUUUUGCUGCUCUCGUUGUAAUCUUAGUGUCAGUGUACUGUGAUUCAUUGGAUAACAUAGUGUGUGUGUGUGUGUGUGUGUGUAUGUGUGUGUGAUCUGUCAUUUUAAGAGCUUAUAGAAAAAUGCCCUUCCCUCUGUCAACUGCAUCAGUCAAGAUCUGACAUUAUUCUUGUCUACCAGAGCCUCAAACACACACACACACACACACACACACACACACACGAUAUUGAGGGGUUAAUGACUCACCAGCCGUGAUGUGAUUGGGUUCAGUGCUCCAGUUGUUAGCUUUAAUACCCUUCUAGUCUUAAUCUGUCUACUUAAUGCUGUCAAAUCCACACACACACACACACACACCGAGUUUUCCUCUUUAUGUUACAUACGCAUACACAUAUAUACACAGCAAUACCACAGAUGCUAAUACAUGUUAAGGUUCAAAGGUCAGACAGCUGUUUUUGUGCUCUCUGGUCACACUACAAGUCACUAGUGACUCUGACUGACUUCAGGGUCACGUUCUGACCCUCCGGCAGUAGAUUACGCGUCGAACUGCAUUUCUCUUUUAAUCUUAAAAGUCUCUGUCUACUUGUGUGUGUUUUGUAAAGCAUGGCGCUCAUCAUUUCUCGGAUAACAAAUUUACUCAGGAUGCUGCCCUGCCCAAGUCAGAGUUCAUGUUCAGAGUUCAUUUCUUCUACUUCUUUUGAAGAAUUUCCUCUAAUCUCUGGAUUUUUUUUCUCCUGUAUUAUGGGAUCAUUUAAUUUCCUCCUCUGCUGGACUUGUCACAGCCUGCAGGUAUAUACAAUCUGUGAUGAUGGUUGUAAGUGGACAUUUUGGAGGUGGGGGGUUUCAAGCCAAGUAAAGCUGGAAACCCCUGUUCCAGAAGUUCACUCUUGACCCUUUGGAACACUUUGGAAGUGAUUCAAAGGUUCACUUACUAAUGAUUUAGAGCUUUAAACCACUUAUUCAGGUCUUCAUUCAGCCUCUGUGAUCUUUAAAGAGUGGAGUGAAAACGAAAUCGGCAAAAAACCCAAAUUAUUAGUAAGCGCACCAUACAUAACACAAUACAAAGUGAAAUCUUUUAAACAGUAGCCGAUAUCACACUCUCUCGAGUUGAUGGACAUUCACCUUCAAACAUACUGGCAAGAAAAUCACCACAUUCUUUAUUUUUUAUUUUAUUUUUUUCAUUUGUUUGUUUUUGGUCAUUUUACUGUCCCGCUGAAUCAUGCUCUCCUGCAGCUGAAUAUGUACUUCAUGUUGUUUAGAGGAAAGUGAUCAGUUUGGCUUGUGUCAUGUGACUCAACUGGUCCAUAUUGGAUCUGGAUUUGUACAUGUUUUAAAUAUUUCUUGCCUACUGCGGUGUGCUGUGGCACUGAAGUCUGAAGGCUGAACUUUAAUUUUCUGUGUUGUGACCAAACUGCUUGACUUCAACACAACCAGCUGGUACCACACCGAAAUUAACAUCGUAUGAAUGUAAUGUUUUCAUCCCCUUUGUUGUAUGUAUGCUAUAAAGCUUGACGGAUAAAUGGAGAAACUGCCCUGGAUUUUAAACAAAGUACUGGAAUAAAUGCACUCAAAUUCUAAUAAAAAGAUGACAACAUUAAUUGAUCAUGGUUCCCUAUAUAGAGUAAUAUUUAUUUAAUAUUCAGUAUUUGGUGAAUAUCAUUAAUGUUACCUUAAUUUAGCUCCUACUGGGGCAGUGGUGUUGGUUGUAUUUUGACGUCAAGUUAUUUCCUUAAAUGUGUUGGUGUUUAUGAAAGUUUGACUUUGAAUUGGAGCUUUGGUGGUUUUAUUCAGGCAUUGCGAUGUUUUGACCAUAUUUGGCCCAAGCAGUGUUGAUCUUUGGUCAUUUGUGAUGAUGCAUUUUCUCUGUACAAACACUAGGAGGCAGCAUGACACUUUUCAUGUCACCAUGAGCUCCCAGAGCAAGAAUCAUUCAGUCUUUGGACUAUGAAACUGAAAAAUACAUUUAAGGUCCAAAACCAGACACAGAGUGAAAGAGACAAUUUUUUAUUUUGAAAAUCUGUUUCUUCUGUUCUCACUACUUCAAAAAGCAUCUGUAAGCAUCUCUCUCUCUCUCUCUGUCCACCAGCUCUAAGUGAUUCCUACAGUUAUGACUAUUGCGUAAUACUCCAGCUGUCACUUAUGUUUCUUUUUCUUCUGGUCAGACAUCAGUGUAACAAAUAAAAUACAUGAUCUGAUGGA